CAGGAUUAGUUGGGACCUCUGCGUGCUUAAUAUAGCAGUUUAUUGCCAUGUGAUUUGCGCUGAGAUGUAAAUGGAGAGGAGUGCGCGAUCCGAUUAUUAACAGCAUAGCAAAACAGGGAGGACAUCCAUUAAUUACAAUAGGCGGCCGGCCCGGUCGAAAGGGUUAAUCGUUUUUUUCCGAUUUCAUCGCCCUCGCUUUUGUGUGCUUGGAGGGAGGGGGGGGGCGGCAGAAGGAGCCGGAGACGAGAGGGGAAGCCUUCUGGAUCAAGUCGGAGCGCAGCGGGCGUCGCCACACCGUGCGGGGCCGCAGAUGACACGGAGGACGGCGGCUUGCUUCCUGCGUCGUGCGCCGUUCCCUUCGAUUCGCGGAGCCAAAUAAGAGCCCGGCAGGAAAAUUACAAUAUUUUCUAUAUCUUUUCCCCAUAUGCCUUAUUGCUGAAGUGGUGGGGAGGGAACCAGAGUGGUCGCGGCGGCGCUUGGAGAACGACCUCAGCCUCCCCAGUUUCCGACCUGGGGAAAGGGAAAAGACAUUACUGCAUUCGGCAAAAUGGACAGCGUGGAAAAGGGACCCAAAUCAGACGAAGAGAUUGAGUCGCCGGAUGAAGAAGAAGAGGAGGAAGCAGCAGCAGAAGAAGAAGAAGAAGUCGACCCUAGAAUUCAGGGUGAACUCGAAAAGUUGAAUCAGUCAACCGACGACAUCAAUAGAUGGGAAACGGAUUUAGAGGAAGCUCGUCAGAGGUUCCGCUCCGUCCUGGUCGAAGCCACCGUCAAGCUGGAUGAGCUGGUGAAGAAGAUUGGGAAAGCGGUGGAAGACUCGAAGCCAUACUGGGAAGCCCGGAGAGUGGCCAGGCAGGCUCAGCUGGAGGCGCAGAAGGCCACCCAGGAUUUCCAGAGGGCCACGGAGGUGCUCCGCGCGGCCAAGGAGACCAUCGCGCUGGCCGAGCAGAGGCUGCUGGAGGACGAGAAGAGGCAGUUCGACUCCGCCUGGCAGGAGAUGCUGAACCACGCCACGGAGAGGGUGAUGGAGGCGGAGCAGACGAAGACCCGCAGCGAGCUGGCGCACAAGGACACGGCCGCCAAGUACAAUGCCGCCAUGAGCCGCAUGAAGCAGCUGGAGAAGAAGCUCAAGAGGACCAUCAACAAGUCCAAGCCAUAUUUUGAAAUGAAGGCAAAGUACUACCUGCAGCUGGAGCAACUGAAGAAGAACGUGGACGAGCUGCAGGCCAAGCUGUCCCUCGCGAAGGGCGACUACAAGACGGCGCUGCGGAACCUGGAGGUGAUCUCCGACGAGAUCCACGAGCGGAGGCGCUCCUCCGCCAUGGGCCCCCGCGGGCGCGGCGUGGGCGCCGAGGGCGACAGCAGCUCGGGGGACGACCUGUCCGGCUUCAAGCUCGAGUCGGACGCCGUGUCCGUGACCUCGGAGGUGUUUGACGAGGAUAACUGCAGCAGCGCCGUGUCGGAAGAGGACUCGGAGACCCAGUCCACGUGCAGCCUCAGCUCGGUGCCCGCGAGUCCGCUGGACCUGCCCAGCCCCUUCCCCACCUCCUACUCCUCCUCCUCCUCCUCCGUCUCCUCUCGGCCCAGCAGCCUGGACCUGCCCAGCCCCGUCUCCCUGUGCGACUUCGGCCUCCUCUCCCCGGUGCUGGGGCCGCGCAGCGAGUGCAGCGGGGCCUCCUCCCCGGAGUGCGACCUGGAGCGAGGAGACCGCGCGGAAGGAGCGGAGGACGAGGCCGACAACGCGCGCAACAAUAAUAACAACGGCGCCGGCCACAAGAAAGCCACGAGCCUGGAGGCGCGGUUCGGCCGCCUGUCCUUAAAGCGCCCAAAGACUGACAACCUGAAGAGCGCCGAGAGAGACCGCUUCAGCCUGGCCCAGCGCCCUGCGGCCGCGGCGCUGUUAGUCAAUGGGCUGUAGGGAGAACUUGUCUUGGUGAAGCCCUACAGGUGCCAAGGACCACUGUGCCAACAAUCGCUCCCCUUGAUUAUAAAGGACCCCACAGAAGGCUUACUCUUCACGACCCCACCCCUCCUGCUAGUCCCCCCGUUGCAAACACUUCGAUGAAACGACUGCCCCUGCGCCGGAGACGGCACCGUUUCUCUGCUCUUGGUCACCUCUGUGUCAUGCGUACACCUCGUAUCUGCGUUGUAAACCUCACGUGCCCCCGGACUGUCCUCGCUCCUUUCCCGGCUGCGUGCAGACGCGCGCCGGUGCUCCCGCGCCGGCUCUGGAGGCGGCGAGGCUUCGCCUUGUGUCCCUGAGCCCUCGCUCAGUUGCGUUUGGACGGACUCGUCCCCGCUCGGUCCACUCUCUUCUUUUGAGGACCCUUUUCACACCAUCGCCAACCACACCGGAAAAAACAGAGCGCUGCAUUUUCCACCUCACUGGUCCGGAUGGAUUGAAUUCCACCGUCUCCCGCUUUCUGUUCCCAGCCAGCCGUCCUGCUGUCGUAAACCGCGGCCCGAAGAAUGAUUCAGAUCUCGGUCACGCGCCGUCUACUGCUGUUGUGCCGAGACGGAAUGAAAUCGGACUGCUGAUGUGAACGAUGAGACAUGGGCGGUGGAAUUAUGAUGUUUGGACUGUGAUGUUGUAACUACCAGCAUGUGGACAAAAGAACACAUGGAGCAACUACUCUGAACGGGCCCUAAUGUAAACAUGGCCGAGACAUCUUGCCCAUGUCUAUGAAUGACACACUUGAGUAGAGUAUAGGCAGCAUUAGGCUUGCUGGAAAAGCACAAGAUGGACUGAAUUACUUCGGAUCUGUGAUGUACUUCCACGCUAACCUGUUACAUCCAAGGUUGCAUUCUUACAGGUACUGAACAGAUCGAACCAGGAAAGGUGAAAUUCCUAAGUCUGUAUUAUUACAGAAGAAUAAUUUGCAAGUAGAAGCACUGGCUGGCUGCUGUCCUUGUGUCACUUCUUAAAUGGAGAACUGUUUCCAAAGGAAAACAAGUCUUAAAUUUUAGUCCUAAAAAUGUGUAUGUUCGUCUGUUGUUUGUAAUGAAGUCUUUGGCCAAAUUGGAUUCUGUGUUGCCAAUAGGAUGUGAACCCAGUCCAGCCACUUCCUUGAGUUUUACGGUCUCUGAAGAGACGCAUGCACGAGUGAGGAACUGGCUUUGUCUCCCGAUGCUUUUUCAACCAGUCUGUCCCAUUGCUGUGUCCCAGCCCAUCAGUACAGCCCACUGACGCAGGGCAGUGCUCACUAGGCGAUGGCUGGGGAAAAAGAAGAUCUGUGUUUUACCAAAUGCCAUCCAUUUAGUCUCCCCUGUACAAAAUGGUGUUUACAUUUAAAAGACAUUUCAAUAUGUCCCCAAACUAUAACAACAAAAAGAAACAUCAGUCAUACAGAGCGGCUAGCUCAGUAAGAAAAGAGUAUCCACGAAUCUUUCAUGGGAGUCUCUCCAGUUGCAAGUGGAAUUGUGUGGUGGCACUGCCUGGACUGUAGACUGCCUUGACAUUCAGGGCUUCACCUGGAAACCAGCCUGAACUGGGGGCCUCCUGUCUGGAAGCAUCGCACAGAAUUUGAAAGGAUUUACCUGAAGCGAAACUGAAUGAACCCCCAGCCUCCUCUGAGCUGAUUUCAUUUGGCUGACUUGGGUUGCUACUGCUGAGCAUCCUUCGUCCUUAGUUCACAAAGCCCAUUAACAGGUACUUGGUCAAGAGUUCAAAUACCACAUUCGGUAGCUGCUUCCUUGCACUGCCUUAUUUUAUAAUGUCUUUUUCUUCUGUAUGUGUACUGUAUUGUAAAGUAUAUGAAUCUAUAUUUUCACUUUCUUUUAAUGUGUGUUAUUAUGAAAACAGGAGAGGAGAUGCCUCUUGUGCUACUGUUUCAUUGUCUUGUACAGUAUCUCACAACGCUUGUGUACCUGUGUUCAAUAAACAGCUAUUCACUGCAUUG